CCAAUACUAGCUGCCUGCAGCAACAUGAGGAUGCUUUUUUGUCGAGCUCCACUGUUCCGUCUCUCCUCAAGUCUGAAAAACAUAAUCAGACGUGCAUCCAUGCGGGAAUAAAGCAGUAACGACCAAACAUGUUACUUUUGACUGCAGUUAAUGGAUCAAUCUAUACUGGUCAAUCCUGGAUUUUAAACUGAUUAUCUUUUCACGGACACUCUCUGGAAUAACUGGGAUGGCCAAGGUGUCAUUAAUACAUUUGGCAGUUUUGCUUCUCAUUGGACUAACAACCGCAAUGGCCAACGUAUUUUCAUCUUCAGGAUUUUCCCCCUCUCGUCAAGUUGCGCUUGUGAAAAACCUCACGCACGAUUUAUUUUCCAAAACAUCAACUGCGCCUCAACCUGAUUUUGAAUCUGCUAAUAAAGCUGCAGCGCCGUGUUGCCAGCUCCCGAAACCGCGGAGAAGAGCCAAGAGAUGCACAUGUUACACGUACAAAGACAAGGAGUGCGUUUACUACUGUCACCUGGACAUCAUCUGGAUCAAUACACCAGAGCGCACCGUCCCAUAUGGCAUGUCAAGUUAUAGAGGAUCCCAGCGGGCACGGCGUUCUGCCGAGGGCGACAGAGGAGGUCAGCGUUGUGCGUGUGCUUCACAAAGGGACCGAGAAUGUAUGGCUUUCUGCAGUCAAAGCAGGGAGAAGUCAACAUGAGCAUCUGCAGCACCAGCACUUUUUUUUUUUUUUUUUUACUUAUCUGUUGGACUGCCUAUCCAUUCCUCUGUCCCAACACAUGGAUAAUCACCUUAGAGAAAAGGUUAAUGUCUGUCCAAAGGGAAGACCAUUGGAAUUCCAUUACUGAGAGCAGCAGGCAGGAUCAAUGCAUAUUUGGGAGAGUAGUUAUGCUGUCAUCGUGAAAGUAUUACAUAACAGCAUUCAAGCAAACUAAUCUCAGUGUGGCUUAUAAUAAGGGACAUUUUCCAAACUCUACUGAUUAGCAAUCCAUUGAUUGCCAUCUUCAAAGAGACUGUGUGCUCAGUCACACUUAUUUGAGAUGUGUGCGUGGGUCUGAAUUUGGGAAUGUUGUUGCCACUGGCCGCUAAGAUCUGACUUCCAAUGCAAACAUGCUUGUCAGGUUUGAUGGAUGGUCACAGAGCCAUUAAGUGAAGUUUUUACAUACCAUAUCCAGAGAUCAGUGUGUUCAUUACCUUGUCUCUGCAAGUCUGUGAGGUAAUUAUGUGUAGUGUGAUAACCUUAAAGGAAUAAUCAGGGUUCAAUACAAGUUAAGCUCAGUCGACAGCAUUUGUGACAUAAUGCUGAUUACCACAAAAAUUAAUUUGGACUUGUCCACCCUUUUCUUUAAAAAAAAAAAAAAAAGAAGCAAAAAUUGAGGUUACAGUGAGGCACUUGCAAUGGAAGUGAAUAGAGCCAAUUUUUGGAGGGUUUAAAGGCAGAAAUGUGAAGCUUAUUAUUUUAUUAAAGCACUUACAUUAAUUCUUCUGUUAAAACUCAUGUAUUAUUUGAGCGGAAAAGUUGUUUAAAUUUACAGUUGUUUUAGGAUUUUAGGGUUUGUUGACAUUGCAUCAUCAUCGGUACGCAUAUUACGCAGUCUGCGUAGGGCACCAACUCCCUAGGGGGGCACCAUCUUACCCUAGGGAGGCAUCAGAAACUCCACCGGCUGCCCUCACCUGCACGUAAAGCUGGCUCUGCACGAGCUGAUUUUUCCAAUGAUUUUCAGGUGUUAGUUUCAUUAACAUAAUCACUGCCAGACAGUGGGAGACAGACUCCCAGCUGAGUUAAUACAUUGAAACACUGAAUAUACAAAUCAGGCUUGCUUGAAAUUAUCACUGGCUGUGGGUGGGGUGGGAAAACGCCACCAAGGCAGUGAUCAAUGUGUGUAGUUCAUGUAUAAAGUGUUUUUUUGCUGGAGGGCUUUUUUUCUGCAGACAAAGCAUGGUGUCUGGAAAGCGCUCCUGGACAGUGCUUAUGGAGAAGUUUAUUGCUCUUUGGAGACAGCAUGUACUGUAUGUUUGUAUGACAUAUCUCAUAUGUCAUAUCAUGAUAGACUAUUAAAAGAAAAAUAAGUGAUUGGAAAUUGCUGCCGAACUCAAUGUACAUGGUAAGGAACCAUUUAAAUAUACAAUAACGAUUAUGAGUAGCCAGGUUGUUAUUAAUAUUUAUACUACUACUGUAGUGAUAAGGCACAGAACAAAGUCAAAGGCAGUCAUUAUGUGUGACACCUUCCCAACGUUUUUAAUCUGUAAAUGUGACAGGCUCACUGACUAGGAGGGCAAGAUUAGCGAAAACAGUCAUUAAGUGUGACACCCCCACCCAAAUUGAGUUGUUCUGAGUCUGCUGGUGUAGAGCCAGCUUAAUAUGUUAUUCAAGGACCUGGUAGUAGUUUCAGACCCCCGAUCAUAGAGUUCUGCGUAGGGCAUCAGUUUGGCUAGCGGUGGCCCUAAACGUCAUGGCAACAAAGUUGUAAAAUUGGCUGUAACUUUACACAGAAAAGUUUAGUAUGUUAUUUUAUCACACUAAAAUCAUGUUUUCACACAUAUUGUUUGUGUCUUGUGGCUAUUCUUUUGAAAAAGUGAAUAUUUUAAUGUUAAAAAAUUGGCCCCAUUCACUUCCAUUGUAAGUGCCUCACUGUAACCCAGAUUUUAGCUUUUAUUAAAAAUUGAUUUUUGUGGUAAUCAAUAUUAUGUCAAAUGUUGCUGAUUGAGCUUAACUUGUAUUGAACCCGGAAUAUUCCUUUAAAGACUGACACAGAGACUAUAGUGGUUGUUGUCUUUAAUAAUCAUUUAAAAGAUUAACUUUGAAUAAUAUUUAAAAAGUCACAAUUGUGUGAUAUGUAAAGGGAUUGUGUUGUGAGUAUACUUCUUCAUUUUAACAGGAGUGGUCCUCAACUGGUGGGUCACAGACACAGACCAAAAAUGAGUCUCAGGUCUGUUAUGAUAGGGUCGUGGACAGCAGGGGAAAAACACAGCUAAAUGCAAAUGAUAAAAAUGCAACUCAGCAUAUAAUUGUGCAUAGGUAGGAUAGCUAAAACAGGCUUAUCAGCUUUUAAAAGGGAGUAAAAAAAAACAUAUUCCCAUAUUUUGUUGUUGACAUCAAAUGAUGUGAUUUCAAUCAGAAGUUUUUUUGGCACAAAUUUAUCUAUCACUUGUUGAAAGUUAACCAAAUUAGACAGAUGCCAACAUGGUCAGGUUGCACGAUAUGCCCUUAUCAUUGAAAACCAUUAACAAAACUACACAAAGUAAAAGAUACUACACAAACUACAAAGUUUGUGUCGACCACAGUGUGUUAUAUACUGUAUGUUUUGUGCUGUGAAUUGUUGGCUGCUUACCAGUUUUCAAUAAACCAUUGAAAUUCAAAAGACAUAUUUAAUAAUUUUGCUCAUUGUUAGACCUAUGCAGUUCAUGGUAAUAUUAAAACAUUCCAAUAUUUGGUUUUAAAUACAUUUUUGUUUAUAAUUAUAUUGACAAACAAUUUUGGUACUAUGUUGCUUUGUCACUUGAUGCCCAAAUAUAAAAUGUAAAAUCUGUGCCCUGAAGCAAAACCAGUUGAGAACCAUUGCUAUACAGUAAACUGUACAUUCUUUUAGUUUUACAUUGUAACAUUGGAUAUUCUAAAAAAAUGUGUUCAUAAUUAACAUUUUGAAAACUGGUCUUUCUUAAUUUGAUACAUGCAUAUCAGGUUUUCUCAACAGUAAGGAUAAUUAACUUUACGACAAAAGGAAAACCAUUUUCCUAGCUGUCUCCAGGCAUAGAAAUCAUUAUUGUCAUGACUAACCGUAAUAUGUACUAUUAAGUGCCACGAUAUUACACAACAUAUGAAUAAUCAUGACACAGAUUAUAUGAAAAGUAUAUAUUUAUUCCGCAUAAUACAGUCCACACAUUUAAACAAAAAUAAUUUAAAGCAGAAUGUGGUAUAAUUUAUCUAUUUCACAAAAAUAAGCCCUCCUUUAUGCCAUCAAGUCUUUCAGCAGUUAUUCCAGUUAUAAACACUACAGUUAACUAAAACUGAUUGUGUGAACUGCUGCACUGCACUGCUACCUGUUACCUCUUUUCAUGCCUAACAUACAGGUCAUUAUUGUGUAUAAAAAAAUUCUUGUACAGAUUCUCUAUUCAAUAUUUAAUUAAACUCUUUGCUGUUUUAAUAUCCA